UCAACCACCUGCGGCACGCUCCGACCAGGAGCGCGAGACGCUGGGACUGUUGGCGGCACAUAGUGGUGAACGAGCGCAAGAGCCGACUACAAUUCGCACGACGGUGAUACGGCUAGCGGCGCAAAAGAGGAACAUCGGACACCAUGGAUGACUACCAGGAGAAAAUCCAAAUGGUGCGCGCCAUCACCAAUUACGGUGAUGAGCCAACCAUCGCAGCUGCUCUGCGAGCCAAAACUGGUGACUUGGAAGCGGUCAUCAAUAUGAUCCUAGACGACUUGGAUAAGCUCGGGUUAGCUUUCCAUAUUCAGCCUCCAGACAACAACAACAACAACCCCGUUCUCUACGGAUACGACCCGGGAUAUGAUCCCACUGCUCCAUCUCGGCCCCCUUCGAGGGUUGACAAUCGGUCUCCGAUCGGACGCGCGGUGGAAAUGACUACCGGCACAUAUCCCUCCGGUGCCCCGACGAACCAACAGGAAGAGGACGCACAGCUACAACAAGCCCUUGCGGCUUCGAUGAAUCCUUCGGGCAUGCACACCCCUCAGCCGAGUACCAACGGACAUUCAUUACCGCCGCAGUUGCCCCCUCCACCCCCACCCCAAGAAUCGGGCGUCACUAGCAAUGGCGCAUAUUUUGGUCCAGCGAAUAGGACGGAAUAUGAUCCGAAUCAAUGGGCCAUGGUUCCCCUCAGGCUUCGCCAAACGGAUCCAAGACCAGUCAGCAGAGUAAGGGCUCCCGGGAGCCCGGCUUUUUUGAGGAACCGUUCCGAAAAUUCGACCAACCGACACCGUAUCGGUGGAAUUUUGACGAUAUUACACUCCAUCCCCGCCGCACGGAACGCGCUGCUCCAGAUAGGGGCUGCGCCGGAAUACGGCUAUGGAAGCAACAGUGAAUGGUGGAAGGGACAGAAGAUUCUUCCCCCGGAGCUCCAGGCACGUAGUGAACAAAUUGACUCGGGACGGGAUCAGUUGGUUCCCCCGUGGUCGGACGAGCUUCAUCGCUUGGUAGCAUUCCUGGACUCAACAGAAAGAGCCUACGGCACGGCAGACAUCUUGGCGGACUGCAGAGCUCCCGGGGUCGAAGAGCGCUGGGAUAGCGAGAAGGAAUUCUUCGACAGCCACUUGGAGAUGCUGAAAGCUAGAAAUGAUGGCAGCUGGGACGAUCUCACCAUGUGUUAUAAAAAGUCCCUAUACGGCACAGCAGAAGGCUCCUCGGAAGAACAUGUCAACAUUCUGGACUGCGAAGGUGUCGAUCUUACCACAGGCAACCUCUACGGCUGUCUUGAUAAGGUAUUUUGGGUGGACCGGAAUACUUCAAUAGAGUCAUUGGAUGGCGCCCCCUACAGCACCAUAAGUAAGCUUCCUGAGGUACUCACGAUUGGGCUUAAAGCAUCACAGGGACUCCCGGCAGCUCUUGACAUACCCGAGACGAUAUACCUUGACCGAUACUUGGCAUCCAAUGAAGAGAAAAUCAACGAACUACAAGCAGAUCUAUCAAGACUUGUGUACGCAUAUCGCAAAUGUGUGGAGGAGGAGGAAAGGUUGACAACAUGGAGCAAUAACCAAACGGGCAAACCUGUGGAUCGUCGUACUUUGAUCGCAGACAGUAUUGAACGCUGCAAAGACCAUAUCCAACAAGUCAAAAAUCGGGCAUCCUGGAGGAACUUUCAAGAGUCAAGUUCCGAUGUUGGCGACAAUGGGAAUGGUUACCAGCUUUAUCUAGCGGGCGCUGAUAAGGAGGCUCCGGUCUCACCGGAGGAGGCGAACGUCAUCGCUUAUUACGAGCGCAAGAUCAAAUUUCUGACAGAACAGGCAGCCAGAAUUGAACAGAUCAUGCAAGGCACUAUUGCGCCACAAAAACGACGCAUUUUGGACGCUUUGGACCAACAUAGCAAGGUUCUCACUGUUCCUGCCCCGGACAAUUCAUGGGUCCCCACGGCCAGAUAUACUCUUCGUGGCAUGACAAGCGAGCCGAACACAGUGUUCUUGCGGAAACAGGAAGUAGAGCUUAUUGACCUCGACAAUGGUGAGGUUCCUGCGGAACAGUGGUAUAAGAUUUGGUGCUAUUCCGAGAACAACUAUGCCGUGCAGAUCGAAAAAACAACCUACGAGACUGCUAUUUCGCAGGCUUGCGCGGUCGGCACUGAACCUCUUCUGAUUUACGCUUCGGACAAGGCAAUGAAAACUGAACCGAUCCCGAUGAAUGACGCUCUAAAGGCCUUUAUCAGGUUUGACAAUAAGUUUUUCAGCCAAGAGCUGGCGCAGAAUGAGCACGAACAGCACGAAGACUCCAGAAAGCGUGGACCCAUCUCGAUGUCGUCUCCGGACUCGAAAAGACGUAACAGGUCCAACAGUCUCGACUCAAUGGCCACUAAUCACGCAUCAGCGGGGGACCUAGAUGAGGAAAUGCGUGACGAAGAAUUCGUCGAAUUUGCCAGCGGAUCGGUGUACGGAAGCAGCGCGGAGAAGGCCACCACCAGCUCUGACCAUGAUAUGAUGGACGGUCUCCCUCCUUCCUUACGUCAGGAAGAUGGCCGUGCUCCGCAUCCCAAUACUUUAGUCGACCUGCUCACACCACCCUAUGAAGAAAAGGUAGAGAGCAAGGAAAAGGAGUCAUCGAACAUUGAUACCUCGAUGGAUGCCGCAUCAGAAAGGAUGAGGCGGGUGUCCCUUGACGAGGACAAGAUGGAUGUCGAGUGGGGUCAAGCGGAAGUCGUCACCAACACCGUUCGCAGCCAGGGCAGCGGAUCCAGUGCCCAUACUGAGGACUCUGGUAUUACCCUGAAGCCAACUAAAGGUGCCGACGAUGGCACCACACCGGCGAAGAGCCCAGAGAUGCAAGAGCGCAGUAACAAUCCCUUUCUCGCCAGGGCACCCAACACUUCCAUUGCCGCGACGACUUCAGACAGCACCCCACAGCCAUAUAGCCGCGCUACUAUGGACUUUUAGGUAGAGGAAUUAGCGCCUCAAUACGAGGGGUUUGAACC